UCCUCUGAAUGUGAACUAGGCCCACUUCUAAGGCCAGUGUGGACUCUUUCCAAAAGGUGUACCUCCUACUUGAAGACAAUGGGUUAUGACAUUGAACGAUUCGUCCAGCCGAUCAACGAGGGGCUACUGUGUAGCAUCUGUCGCGACGUUCUGAAAGAUCCUGUCCAGGCUCCUUGCGAACAUGUCUAUUGUUCCGCCUGCAUCCAGGAAUGGCUCAUCCACGAAAACAACUGUCCCGAGGACAGACGUCAUCUCUGGGGCUCAGACCUUCGACCGCUGUUCCGGUAUAUGAGGAACGACUUGGAGAAGCUUCAGAUCCGCUGUCAGAACCACAGGGCGGACUGUCCUCAUGUUUGCAGCCUUGGCAGCGUGGAGGCGCACGAGACAGAAUGCGGAUAUGUUGUUGUCAAAUGCCCGUGUGAGGGUUGUGACAAGUCCUUCUCGCGUCGCAGCCGCGAUGAUCAUCUCAAAGUAUGCGACUUCAGGACAAAGCCAUGUCCAAAGGGCUGUGGUGCGGCCAUUCUGACUUUAGUUGAAACUAAUAACCACAGCUGCGUCUCUGAGCUGAGGUCGACCUUGGACAUGAUGCGAUUAGAAAUGGAUAGUAAGGUUGACGAUAUGAAAAAAGAGAUAGAGUUGAGGUUGGACGCGCAGAGACGUCACAUGGUCAAACGGGAAAGUCGUCUGCAGGAGCAGAUGGAAGUUUUACAAAAUCAGCUAGAGACUGUUGAUCAACAAAUGACAUCACUUGUGGAGACAUGCAGUCUUCAGUCGGCGGAGAUAGACGAACUGAAAAAGGAGAAGUCACAGUUUGGAGACAGCUUUAAGACUUUACAAACUGAACUAGAUGCCACCAAAAAAAUGUGUCACUGUCAGAAAGGGAAAGGCCAUAAAGGCAAAGAGACAAAAGACCCCAAGCCAUUCAAGAUAACUGCGUUAUGACAUAACAAUUGAAAUCAUUGGCUCAUGACUAGUGAACACAUAAACAGGUGUGAAGAGGUGAAAACCCCCCAAGGUGAUAGCUGGUGCCGAGACAUCUUCACGUGCUCAUAAUGAUAAGCACCUGAGAACGUGUGAUUGAAACCCAAUAUCAAACUUUUUUGGCGUGAUGCAAUAUGGCCCAGAAGGCGCGCACGUCUCGGGGUGGUGCUCGUCUUUGGCUCGAGAAGUUUUCCUCGCUUUUCGUCUGGAUCGUUAAGUGCGUUGAUCAAAAUAAUAUUAAUAAAUGUACAUGUACAUAACUCAUCUCGUCCAGCUGUGUUUAAGGCUUUCUUUAGUGAUAUAUAUAUAUACAUGAAA